CCCCCCCCCCCCCGCAUUCCCUACCCUCGUUGUCCCCGCGGCCCCACCAUCCCCCAGCCCAGCCCAGCCUCACAGAGCUUCGUGGCACCUCUCCCGAAUCCCACAAACCGCAAACCUGUCUCCCCACAGUUCCCGCCACGAGCUCGAACAUAUCCCGGCUAUGGGACCGUCGGACGAUUUGGAUGACGAGGGUGCUCCUCCCCACGUCUACCGCGAUGACGACUCGGCCAGUGUCUUCUCCUACCACUCUAACCACUCCGCCAUCUCCGACACGGUCCUCAUCCACGGAUCCGAAGCCUCCGACGAGGAAUACUACAUACCCCAGGAACCUUAUCAUGUAAAGAAAUACAUUCCGCCGCGAUUCCAGCGCGCGUGGCGGGCCACCAAGAAAUGGGUCAAGGGCCCCCAGCCUCCGAGGCCAUGGAGGAUACACCCCUUCUUCCCUCGUGUACAGACAGCGCCCAUUCAAUUCCUGCAUAACUAUUUCCCAAAGAGGAAGCACAAGGUCUUCCUGUUGAUGUUCUUUUAUGUUUGUUGGCUGUUGAGUUUCGGGCUGGUCCUGCAUCGCUCCGCAUUUGCGGCGGAUAUUCCUGGCCACGGCCCUCCCGUGCGGAUUAGUUGCACGGACAGAUUUUGGAGUGAUGGAAACGGGUGCGGUCUGAAUGGGGACCUCUGCCGUCCUUUUGAAAACAGCACCGUGACGUUCCGCUGUCCAGCAAAUUGCAGGCGUGUGCAAUUGCUAAACCCCCAUCCUGUUGGAGAUCAGGAAGUAAAUUACCGACCUCUAGUUGUUGGUGGCCCAACAGAUGAGCCCGAGACCCUCGAACAUACCUUCUACCGCGCUGAUUCCUUCAUUUGUGGCGCAGCAAUCCAUGCAGGAUUCAUCAGCGACGAAACCGGCGGCUGCGGGGUUGUCUCUCUGGUUGGGGAAAGAAGCAACUUUCCCAGCGUCAACAGGAAGCAUAUCACGAGUAUUGCUUUCGAUUCUUAUUUCCCCAAGUCUUUCUCAUUUUUGUCCGGCACUGCGUCGAAGUGCCGAGACCUCCGCUGGCCACUUCUUGGCGUUUCUCUUACUUUUACAAUUCUCAUGUCACUUUUCACCACAUCUCCGGCCGUUUUCUUUCCAUCGGUAUUUCUAGGCAUAUUCUUCCACGUGGCGCUGGCGUCCGAUCCCCCAAAUCUCACCGAUUACUAUGCCAUUGUUAGCGUCGCUCUCGGCAGAUUAUUGCCAGCUAGUUUUUGUAUGUUUGUUGUAUACCAGUAUUGCGUCAGGCGGCAAUUGCAGGGCCUCCACGCCCAGAUAGAAAAGACUAUCCUUUGGCUAGGGGGAUGUUGGGUUGGCGCCUUGAACAACUACACCUUCGACAAGAUCCCAAUUGAGCGCCUCACGCCUCACGACAUCAAACAACAACCCGGGGCAGUACCCGCACUGAUCAUCAUCGUGCUUACUCUCUUCUCCAUUGCGCUUGGCCAGGCAUGGGCAAUCCGUAUCGAAGGCCGCCUACCGCGGUACCUCGCCGUCUACGGCCUCUUCGUGGGCGUUCUUCUCUCUCUCGUCGCCGUCCCAAAAAUGCAUGUCCGCAUCCACCACUACAUCUUAGGCCUCCUCCUUGUGCCGGGAACCGCCAUGCAAAACCGGCCUAGCCUGCUCUUCCAAGGCAUCCUCAUCGGCCUUUUCAUUAAUGGUAUCGCGCGCUGGGGCUUCGACAGCAUUCUCCAAACACCCGGCGAACUCCGCGGCGACGCUCCGCAGGGCAGCUCCCUCCCCGCCAUCUUCCGGCCUGUGAUACAUAAUAAUUUCGGGGGGCUAUUAACGCCGAACAUCACCUUUGAGUGGCCGCUUCCACAUCUAGAGAGAUAUGAUGGUAUGAGUGUGCUAGUCAAUGAUGUAGAGAGGUUCAGGGGGUAUGAGGAUCGUGGAAUGAACUCGUUUACGUGGUUGAGACAUGAGGUGGAUAUGCCGGAAUACUUCCGCUUUGCGUUUAUGAAUGGCAGUAGUCGUGGAGAUUACACGACAGCGGGCGUGUGGCGGACGGAUGGGGGUUGGACGGAAAUGGGGUCGGGACAUUCGUAAAGAUGGAUAGAUUGUCUCCUUGUCCGGAUUACGUGCUAGACGGACUGGACAGGGUCGAGAAAGCUGUCUAGCUAGAGUGACGCUCGACUGCAAGUGAGGGGCACGGCGAUCAGGCAUCGUGAUGUCGUGUGCAGAUGCCGAUGCAGGGUCCGUGUCUGAUUGAUUCUGCGUACGUGUUUGAGAAGGCGCAUGGGUUUGACGACAGGACCAAGGAUUACGGUAUGGCGUUGCGUGCGGUUGCACGACUCCGCAAGCUGAUGAACGGCGCAUUAUCAUAUUUGCAAAUGUGACGGAGUAUACCCCCCUGUUCUUGCGGAGAGGGUGGAUGAUGCAGAGGGUUUUGUUGCAUGCACACAUGCAUGCAUCGCAUAGACUGGAUACCUUUCUAGCCAUCUAGACGAGGACUUGGGUGAGAGUUGGG